AUGUCUUUCCCCGCAGCUCCUCCGCCAAAAUCUCGCCUCGGUCGCUACCGUAUGCUGGCCCCCAGUGCGGGGGUCAUGGUAAGCCCGCUUUGCUUGGGAGCGAUGAACUUUGGUGAAGGAUGGAAAGAGAGACUAGGUGAAUGCGACAAGGAGACCUCGUUCAAGAUUUUGGACACGUUUUAUGAGAAUGGUGGCAACUUUAUCGACACGGCAAACAACUACCAAAACGAAGACUCUGAGGCUUGGCUUGGCGAAUGGAUGGAAAAGCGUGGGGUGAGAGAUCAGAUUGUCUUGGCCACCAAGUAUACCUCGGGUUAUCGUACGCACAAGAGAGAUGAGAUUCAGGCGAACUUUGUGGGUAACAACACCAAGAGUAUGCGCCUGUCUGUCGACGCCAGCCUGAAGAAGAUGCGCACUGAUUACAUUGACCUGCUGUAUGUCCACUGGUGGGACUUUGGAAGUUCCAUUGAGGAGGUGAUGACCUCUCUCAACCAAUUGGUCGUCGCAGGCAAGGUUUUGUAUCUCGGUGUCAGUGACACUCCAGCUUGGAUUGUCAGCCGUGCCAAUCAAUAUGCUCGCGAUCAUGGUAUGCGCCCGUUCUCUAUCUACCAAGGCCAGUGGAAUGCCGCCAAACGGGACUUCGAACGUGAAAUUCUCCCCAUGUGCGCCGCCGAAGGCAUGGGACUCUGCCCAUGGGGCGCCAUUGGAGGUGGUGCUUUCAAGACUGAGGCCCAGCGCGAAGAGAUCGCGAAGAACGGUAACCAGGGCCGGCAGAUAGAGCCACGCGAGGUCGAUGUGAAGGUUUCCAAGGUCCUGGAGACCAUUGCCAACCGCCACAACACAGCAGUCACCAGUGUCGCCCUGGCGUAUGUUAUGAGUAAGGCUCCUCACGUUCACCCAAUCGUCGGCGGACGAAAAGUCGAGCAUCUUCUAGGCAACAUCGAAGCUUUGGGAUUGGAUUUGAAGGACGAUGAUAUCAAAGAGAUCGAAGGAGCGUAUGAAUUUGAUCAUGGGUUCCCGACAACCUUUUUGUUCCGUGGGGAGAGCAAGGAGGUCCAUCCCGGCAAUGUCACGUUCAAGACCAAUGCGGCGAAGUUUGACUACGUCGAACCUGUGCGAGCUAUCAAGCCCAAGAGCCUGGAUGCGUAA